AUGGGCUUUCUACGCAGUAAAAAAGAUGUAGAAGAGGUUGUCACUUCCGACAUGAGCAGCAAUGAGAUCGACCAAGGAAGUCUGCAUUAUACAGCCGAGGGAGGAGAAAACUCCAAUAGACUCACUGUCCAAGAAGCGAGCGGUGCUCCCGUUGAACAACACAGUCCCCUCGGGUAUUCUGUUGGGCCUGUCACAGUGGUAUUCCUCAAUCUCAGUAUGAUGAUUGGGACUGGUGUGUUCUCGACUCCAUCCACCAUCCUUCAGGGUACCGGUUCAUUUGGGCUAAGUUUGAUCUACUGGGCUAUUGGCUUUUUCAUGGCAUACAGCACUCUGUCAGUGUAUCUUGAGUUUGCUGCUUACUACCCAUCUCGCUCUGGGUCUGAGGUGGUAUAUUUGGAACAGUCUUUUCCUCGUCCUCGGUACCUCUUCCCAACCGUAUUUGCAGUUCAAACGGUACUGUUCUCUUUCAGUAGUAGCAAUGCAAUUGUUCUCGCGGAGUAUUUGUUUGCUCUUGGUGACUCCACACCCACAUCAAUGCAACUGAAGGGCGUGGCUGUUGCAGCAUACACAGUUGCUGUUCUAGUUGUGAUUUUCCAUACCAAAGGGUCGCUCAUGCUUUCCAAUAUUAUUGGCGCUAUCAAACUUGUGACUCUUAUAUUCAUCGGAAUUACAGGUCUCGUGGUCCUUGGGGGCAACACAUCAAUCAAAAACCCGACGCUCAAUUUUGAAAAUGCAUUUUCCGGCAGCUCUGAGGCAACAGUGUAUGGAGCAACUAAUGCAUUAAUUCACAUUGUGUUCUCAUAUGCUGGGUACGCAAAUUCAUUUAACGUCGUCAAUGAAGUCAGGAAUCCUAUCAAGACUCUUCGCUGGAGCGCUCCUCUCUCUCUGGCUGUCACGGCAACUCUAUAUAUUUUAGCCAACAUAGCAUACUUUGCAGUUGCGACAAAAGAGGAGAUUAUAGCGUCAGAACAGGUGGUUGCAAGUAUCUUUUUCGAAAAGGUAUUCGGAACAGGAGGGGCGGCGUCUGCACUGAACUUCUUAAUCUGCCUCAGUGCAUUCGGUAAUUUGAUCUCUGUCCUGAUCGGCCAAUCCCGAAUGCUUCGAGAAUGUGGAAGACAAGGGGUUCUCCCAUGGACUAAAUUUUGGACUUCUACAAAACCAUUCGGGACUCCUUUGGGCCCAUAUGCUUUGAAAUGGGCAUUGACCAUCGUAAUGAUCCUAGCGCCGCCCGCAGGUGAUGCUUUCAACUUCAUUGUGGACCUCGCCAUUUAUCCAUCAAAUCUUUUCAUUUUUAUUCUCACUAUUGGCCUGCUCAUCACCCGCCAUCGGCGCAAGCGCCUUAACCUAGACCCGGCAGAGUUCCGCAGCUGGAAUGUGGCAGUGGGAUUUUCUCUUCUGUCCAAUACAUUUAUGCUCGCCAUGCCGUGGUAUCCACCAAGUACCGGGGCAAAUGGUGGUGAUGUAUCGUUUUGGUAUGCCACAUAUUGUGUCACUGGGCUAGCUAUUAUUGGCUUCUGUGUUGUGUAUUACUACAUUUGGGUGUGGCUCCUUCCGAAAUGGCGCAAAUACGAACUCCGACAGACAAUCAUCAAUGGGGAGAAUGGGAUCACAGCACAUUGCCUGAUCAAGAUUCCCCUUGAAGAGAUCGAAACAUGGGAUGCAGAGCAUGAUGCAAGCGGGCGAUUGAGACAGGUUACGCAGAUAGAGGAGGGUGAAAUAGAGCUGAAGUGUGAUUAG